AUCAGUAUUUCCUGAAUGAAAACUGAAAGGAUUGACAAUUGACAAACGCCCCUUUUCUCCGAGGUUUGUUUGCUUUUACUUGAGCUUUCACGUCUCUCUUGCCCCUUUCUCCCUCAUCACACACUGUGAAUGACAAUGUAAUCUCUCUCUCUCUCUCUCUCUCUCACAGAGCAUACCUUGUUCUUUUUCAUGAGUUGUAAAUUGGGUUGAGAAUCUGAUACCAUAAUCUAUCUGGGAUUUUAUUUCUUUCGAAUUGCUUCCUCUUUCAGUACCCUCUCUCUCUCUCUCUCUCUCUGUCACUCUAUCACUCUCUCAACCGUUUAUUCCCUUGCUUCUUCCUUGUGUUCAAUAGCAAUCCAUCUAAAUCUAUUUUCUUUCGCAUUUCUAUUUCGGUAAUAGACAAACCCUUCCACUCAAUUGACACCGACCCUUCCCAGCUUCAAGAGUUUGCUUGCUUUACAUUUUAUAUUCUGUUGGGGCACCUUUCCUUGAUGCAUGCUAGUUAUUUUUUUAGCUUAGAAAUGUAGAAAAUGUGACUUAAAUUUAGGGUUCUAUUUCAAGCUCGAAUCUUGACAAACAAAUUGAAAUAGUAAUGAUAAUUCGACCUUUCAGUGAUUGAAUGAAACUCCUGAUACAAAAGGCACUGAGUUUUGGGUGUUAAGUGAAGUAUGUCAAAAAUGGUAUCCGUUGCUUACAAAUCCCUAUUCUGUUGGUUCUUGUUGACAUCAUCACUGUUCAUAUUAUCAUUGCUAAGGUCAACUGGGCAGUCUCAUUCUGUUGCAUUUGGUAUACUGCCAAGCUCGACGCUUUUUCGAUUCCCUGAUAUUUGGAAUCUUGAUGAAUCAGUGGGUGAGGGAGCAAACUGGGAUAAGAAUUCAGUGAAAUGUGGUGCUAAUGUGCCAAUGCUUAGGGUUUUCAUGUAUGAUCUGCCAUCAGAAUUUCAUUUUGAAUUGUUAGGGGUGAAGGGUGUUGGGAAGAAUGAUGUGUGGCCCGACAUUCGGGAAAAGGUUCCCGAUUACCCUGGUGGGUUGAAUCUGCAGCAUAGCAUAGAAUACUGGCUGACUUUGGAUCUCUUGAGCUCUGAAUUUACAGAGAAUUUGAUAGGUCGUAGUGCUGUGCGAGUGCAUAAUUCUAGCAAAGCAGAUGUUGUGUUUGUACCCUUUUUCGCGUCUUUGUGCUAUAACCGAUUCUCAAAGGUGAGGCUGGGCCAGAAGAGGAGCACAAAUGUUGUAUUGCAGGAGAAGUUGGUUAAGUUCUUGACAGCUCAGGAUGAAUGGAAGAGGUCUAGUGGGAAAGAUCACAUCAUCGUUGCUCACCAUCCGAAUAGUUUGUUAGACGCAAGGAUGAAGCUUUGGCCUGCAAUAUUCAUUCUAUCAGAUUUUGGGAGGUAUCCUCCAACCAUUGCUAAUGCUGAGAAGGACGUGAUUGCGCCUUACAGGCACGUCACUGAGAGUUACGUGGAUGACUCGUCUGAUUUUGAUAGUCGUCCCACCUUGCUCUAUUUCCAGGGUGCUAUCUACAGAAAGAUAUUUUCUCCUCAAUUUCAGGGUGCAACAGUUCGGCAAGAGCUAUACUACAUGCUGAAAAAUGAAACAGAUGUGCACUUCACUUUUGGAACUUACCAAAAGGACGGCGCUAGGCAGACUUCGAAGGGAAUGCGCGCAUCCAAGUUCUGCCUCGACAUAGCUGGUGACACUCCCUCAUCAAACCGCCUCUUUGAUGCCAUAGCUAGCCACUGCGUGCCUGUCAUCAUCAGCGAUGAGAUCGAGCUUCCCAAUGAAGAUGUCCUUGACUACUCCAAGUUCUGCAUAUUCGUCAGCACAUCAGAUGCUCUGAAACAAGGCUUUCUCUUGAAUCUUAACAGGAAUAUUGGCAGAGAGGAGUGGACUAGGAUGUGGAAGCGGCUGCGAGAAAUCGAACACAUGUACGAGUAUCAGUAUCCGUCUAAAGAGAAAGAUGCUGUUCAGAUGAUAUGGCAGGCUGUCUCCCGCAAGGUUUCCGGCAUCAGAUGGAGGAUUCACCGGAACAGGCGAUUUUCUCGAACGAUCACCCACAGAAGACAAGCUGUUAGUUCCGGUAUAGAACCGAGGAAUUUUGGUUGAUCAAUCUCGUUGUCUUGAAAAUCUGUGAAAGCUAAGGUUUGAUCUGGUCCGCAUGUCUGCCGGAGAUUGACUGGUUUGAACAAACGGAACGAGGAGGAAGCCAGUGGCCGGAAAAAUCAACGGUCCUAAUUCUGGAGAUUAGCUGUAAGCUUACACGGUUGAUCAAUUCGUUCAGCCUUUAGUAUUCAAAAUAUUUGUUGCUUGAACUUGUUUUCUUGUAGUUGUACUACUUCUUGUUGAGGGAGGUCAAGAUCAUUGCUUUAAGCAUUAUAGUAGUAUUAAAUAAUUAUUUUACAUGUAAAAUAGUAGAAAUUAAUAUAGCUAACAAGUUGCAACGGUUAAUACAGAUCGAUUGAGCUUUA